AAAAGCGAAACUUUUUCUUGGCAGUCACACAUCAACUCUUCGUUUCACUAAGGAAGGUACACCUCCAAAUCAAGCAUAAUGGUCGCUUUCAAAUCUAUCGUCCUCAUCGCUGCCGCCGUCAUCCUUGGAGCUGAAGCUAGUGCACCCGCCAUAGCCGCUCCAUUGGUAGCGCCCGCACAUGUUGGAUACGCAUCUGCGGUGCCACAAAAUAUCCCACCUUAUGCGUCACAAAUAAGCGUCGUCAACAGGGCGGUCAGUCCUUACUUCGCUGCCCCGGUUGCGGCGCCUCUCGCUGCCCCGGUUGCGACGCCUCUCGCUGCCCCAGUUGCUGCACCUUUCGCCCCUGCCGCUUACGCUGCUGCACCCUACGCUCUCCCCGCAGUCAGCCCUUACGGACUCCCCGCUGUUAGCCCCUACGGAGUGCCUGCCGCAUACGCCGCGCCCUACCCCUAUGGCGCUCCUCUAGUUCGCACCGCCUACGGAGUCGCUCCAGCGUUUGUACGAUAGAAUUGAAACGAACACAACUGACCUUCCUUAAAAAGACUUAUGAUUAAUUUUAAGUAUGUUAUCAAACAUUUUAUACUAACUA